AUGUCCCCAGUCGAGUCCCAACUGUCUAAGCAGCAGGAGAUGAAGCUGUGUUCUCUACUUGGUCACGUGAAACUCAGUCUGCUGUUCAAGGCCAGUGUGCACGGUUUCAACGCUACAGCCUUCCACCAGAAGUGUGAUCAUCAGGGCCCCACUGUUACUGUAGCAUAUAAUAACUCAGGCUACAUUUUUGGAGGGUACACCAGUAAAGAUUACACUCAGACGUAUCAGUACAUCGCAGAUAACAAUGCUUUCCUGUUUAGCUUCAAAGCGAGUGAGGUUGAUGAAGCUCCUCUGCCUGUGGUGAGCACAAACGCAAACCAGUUGUUGCAUGAUGGAAACACUGGGCCUCAUUAUGUCUCCAUGGUUUUUCUGUACAAUAACACUGCUACUGUCCAAAGCAAUCCAGGCACCUAUAAUUUUAACCCAGUGGAGAUGCAUGGCAAUGACCUCCAGCUGAGCGAGUGUGAGGUGUACCGAGUGGAAGGGUUGGAUAAACUCAUGGAGAAACCAUGGAGAAACAUCAACUGGAGUUUGGAGAAGAGGACGUCUCUGAUGAAAGCGAUCGCGGGCUGGACUACGAGUACGGCUUCGGUGCAGAAAGCUCGUGUGUUGCUUGUCGGUGCUGUGGGAGCAGGUAAAUCCAGCUUCUUUAACUCCGUUAACUCCGUGUUUAAAGGCCAUGUGAGCUUUCAGGCCAACACGGGCAUCGCCGGCACCAGCCCCACCAAACAGUUCCGUGUGUACCCUGUUCAGGUGGGCAGUGAGACGUUGCCCAUCAGACUGUGUGACACUGUGGGACUGGAAGAGGGACUUAACGCUGGACUGGAUAUCGACGACUUCACCAACAUUUUAAAGGGUCACAUUCAGGACAAAUACCAGUUUAACCCAGUGAUGCCUCUCCGAUCGGAUUCUCUUUAUUUUUAUGAAAAGCCGACUUUGAAGGACAAGAUCCACACCGUGGUGUAUGUGCUGGACGCCUGCAAGAUCAAACUUCUGUCGGAAAAGAUGAUCAAGAAACUGGCUGCUCUCCGCACAAAAGCCAUGCGAAUGGGAAUACCACAGAUGGUUCUGCUGACGAAGGUGGACGAAGCGUGUCCUUAUGUUGGAGAGGAUCUGAAACACAUCUAUCAGAGCCAUUACAUCUACAGGAUGAUGAACGAGGUGAGUGUACAGCUGGGUGUUUCUCUCAACACUGUGGUUCCAGUGAAGAACUACAGUAAAGAGCUCGAGCUGGACCUUCACACUGACAUCCUGCUCCUCAGCGCCGUGCUGCAGAUCAUCAGAACCACUGAGGCGUUCUUCGACGACCUCAGAUGUUAGACUCCAUCGUUAUCCUGUUAAACCUGCUUCGGGCUGAAACCUGCACGUCACUGUUGUUUAAAUCACAUUUAUUCACUAUUUGUACUUCUGCUGAGUAAAGCUGACAUAAACGCAUUGGGCUGAUUGAAAUAAAUAUCAGUUUCAAAUGUAAA